AUGCCCUUUAACACCACCGUCCCGUUGUCGGUGGAUUUCAAAACACCGGAGGACUUCCUCAUCUUCAUUUUCCAUAUUCUGUUCGCCACAAGCGCCGUGCUCGUCGCCGGCUCGGUGGUCAUCGCGAUUUCCUCCAACCGGUACCUGCGAGGCCAGAACCGUUUUAUAUUCAUGCUGAACACGAGCAUCAGUGACACUCUGACCGGCUUCUCGGUCUACUACCUCGGCCUCUUCGACGUCCAAGAGGGCUAUCCCUCGAGGAAUGGGACGUACUACAUUUUACCCUCAUUUCUAGGUGUCAACGUCUUAACCUUCCUCUUCGCUCAGUUUGACCGGUACUUCGCCGUGUGCCAUCCAUUCUUUUACAACCGCUAUAUAACGAGGUCUUUUGUUAUUGGCAUUUGCGCGUUUUGUUGGAUUUACACAUACUCUAUCCUCACGGUGCAGAACAUGGUGCCUAUUUCAAAAGCGGCUCAAAUAAACGCGUUUGGUGUAAUGACUCUACAGAUUAUUGUACUCACUAAAGUGUUGAUGACAAUUAAGUUAUACAACAUAGCCAGGAACCACCUGGCGAGAGAGGCGCCCAGUGCCGAGAGAGAUAACAAAAAGGAGUCGCUGCGCAUCAUUGUGUUUGUGGUUAUUUGCUUCUUGGCUCUGUGGUGUCCAUCCUUUGUCAAUAUAAUUGUUAGACAGUUGACGAGUAAUGGUCUCAGGUUUAGGAAUGAAGCCACUAACCUGUUCGCCAUCAUGGCACGCCUGAACGCACUGGUGACCCCGGCUGUGUACAUCUGGGGCAGCCCGGCGCUACGGAAGGCCCUGUGGAGAACAGUGUGGCGGAGGGUCUGUCCCUGCCGGACGGCAAGGUGA